AUGGAGGCCGCGAUAUUCGAAGCUGAGGCCCGAAACCUUCAGGCGGAGAUUUUAAGGAAAGUUACGGCGGAGAAUGUCCGCCUACUGAAGACAAUGAGAGAAUGGAUACGCAGGGCUAAGGCAGCAGAGCAGCAGGUGUCGUCGCUGCGCAUGCCCGGGAACGCUGCUGCCGAAGAACAUGCAGCGCUGAAAACACAACUCGUCGAGGCGCAGGCGCAAGUGUACGCGCUGCAUGGCGAAGUAGACGCAGAGAAAGAGAAGCGUGUUGUCGCGGAAGAAGCGACAGAACAGCUGCUCUCACAGCAUACCGCUCUAUCAGCAGACAAUGCCAAGCUCAAAGAAGAGGUGAUGCGCAGGGGAGAGGACCUAUCGGUGCAAGACUUGGCUCUAGUCAUAGAGCGCAACGAGCUCCAGAACACGGUAGCUACCCUGCGCGCGGGGCUCGAAGGCAAAGAAAGCGAGGCGCAGAAUGCACUGACAGCAGAGACGCGGUCGUCCACCCAGUCGCAGCUCGACGCGGUGGGCCAGGAGAUGGCGUAUGAGGCUAUGCUGCAGGAGCGUAGUACGCUCCGCGGACAGCUGGCUGUGGCCCAGAAAGAAACCGACGAUUUGAAGGCGAAGGUUGCAUUGCUAGAGGCAGCGGUACAAUCGGGCACAGUUGCUGCCCUGCAGCGCUCAGGUGCGGAGGCUUCUGCGAGCAGAACUGUGGCUUCGCAGCCCGCGAAGAAGAAACGCGCCGGGAAGAAAGAUGGGGGACCUGUGGACUUCGCCAACUAUGCGUCUCCAAUUCCUCCAACUCGACAGGCUAUACUUGCCAGUUACCCCGAAAUCGACCCUGCCCUGCCACCCGAGCUAGCGGGCUACGUCUCGUUCACCAAGACCGAACUCUCCCAGCUCCUCGGCGGGAGUACCCAAGGUCUCUUCGUCCGUGUGACCAAGAGCGCGCGGCCGCUCGCCGUGAAGUACGACAUCGGCGAGUUCCUCUGCCCGAACCUCAACCAGAACUCGUGGCUGCCCACCAAGCCCGGCGCGCACGGGUACAUGCAGGUCGGCCUGGGCGACCGCGACCGCGUGCGCUUCGAGGACGCCGAGGUCCGGCCGGUGUUCGUCGGUGCGGCGAGCCAGUUCAGGUACUUCGGGACGUACGAGCUGAAGAGGGUCGAGAGGCUCACGGCGGAGGAGUGGCUGACCCUCCCCGAGAAGGUAGUCUCGCUCGCGCGCUGGCGUCGUUCGUGCUGA